UGACGCCUGACGCUGCCUCGUGACCGCCCCGCUGUAAGAAAUAGAGGUGACCUCCGAAACAGGCCGAGGGAGAGAGAGCUGGACAAAGAGUAGAACAUGGCUGAAACUAUCAGAGUUCUGGUGACCGGUGCUGCUGGGCAGAUUGCCUACUCCCUGCUGUACAGCAUCGCGAAGGGAGAUGUGUUUGGCAGAGAUCAGCCUCUCGCCCUCAUCCUGCUGGACAUCCCUCCCAUGCUGCCGGUGCUGGAAGGUGUCGUCAUGGAGCUGCAGGACUGUGCCCUCCCCCUGCUGAAAGAGGUCAUUCCCACGGAUAAAGAGGAAGUGGCUUUUAAGGACCUUGAUGCAGCCAUCCUGGUGGGCUCCAUGCCCAGGAAAGAGGGGAUGGAGAGGAAGGACCUGCUGAAGGCCAACGUCGCCAUCUUUAAAUCUCAGGGUGCCGCGCUGGACAAGUACGCAAAGAAAACUGUCAAGGUUCUAGUGGUUGGUAACCCAGCUAAUACAAACUGUCUGAUCGCGGCUAAGUCAGCCCCCUCCAUCCCCAAAGAGAACUUCUCCUGCCUGACCCGCCUGGACCACAACCGCGCUCGCUCACAGGUGGCGAUGCGCUGUGGCAUUCCCGCAGAUAACGUAAAGAACGUGAUCAUUUGGGGAAAUCACUCGUCCACCCAGUACCCCGAUGUCCACCACUGCACGGUCAAUGUGCAGGGCAAGGACGUGGCCGCCUUCGACAUGGUGAAGGAUGAUGAUUGGCUGAAAGGAGACUUCAUCUCUACGGUGCAGCAGCGUGGAGCAGCGGUCAUUAAGGCCCGGAAGCUGUCCAGCGCCAUGUCUGCAGCUAAGGCCAUCUGUGACCACAUGAGGGACAUCUGGACAGGCACUCCUGAGGGUGAGUUUAUCUCCAUGGGUGUCUACUCCUCUGGGAACUCAUACGGCGUUCCUGAUGACCUCAUCUACUCUUUCCCCGUCACCAUUAAGGAUAAAAGCUGGAAGAUUGUAGAUGGUCUGGCCAUCAAUGACUUCUCCAGAGCCAAGAUGGACGCCACGGCAACUGAGCUGGUGGAGGAGAGGGACACCGCUCUCUCUUUCCUGGGGGUUUGACUAGAGCCACAGAGGAACCCAAAACUCCACCCAGACGCUCCAGAACCUCCAGACGCACGUCUGUGAGAGAUGCCCCCCCCUCCCAAAACCCAAAAGCACUCCGCUGUCCUCUCGCUGUCUGUUUCUCAAACUCCUUCUUCUCCAAGCUUGUAGUCCACAGCUGAACUGGGUGGUUCUAGAAUCAACUUAAUGUAGAAGUAUACAUCUCUCUACCCAUCAUACUACACAUUCAUCCACCUCCUCACUGUUUCCCAGGUAUUGUGAGCUACUGAUGAUUUAAGGAUGGUCAGAAGAUGUUGGGUAGAGCAUCGUUUGGAGAACACAAACAUAUGUACCUGUCUCCAAAACCAGGGGUGUAUUUCACAAACAUUAGGAUUUCUGACUAAGCUGGAUGGAAUUCUGGCGAUUUGU